CGGUCACAUGACAAAAGCGAAAUCGAAACUUAAGCGGCUGCUUCGCUGGCCCCUGCCUUUGUUGGGAGCCUCCCAGUCUUUGCAACUUGCGCUGCUCCUUGCAGGGAGGCGAAGAAUAUAAUCCAGGAAAUUUGAUGGCUUCAGAUGUGGCUGAUUCCGAUCUCUUGAAACGCAACACGAUCCAUUUGUUGCUCAAGUACCCUCAGGGGAUCAAAAGUGGAGAUUUUGCUGGCGCUUUCUACAAGCUUCAUGGCCACCACCCCCAGCUGGCUUCUCAUGGGUACAGCUCGCUCAAGUAUUUGCUGGAUGACAUGAAGGACAUGGUGGUUGUAGAAAAGAAUUCCCAGGAAACAGUCAUCAAGUUAGCUGAUGGUUCCCUUAAUCACUGGUUCGAUGGAGAAGGAUGGGUCAGCUCUGGAAGAGAAAAUGCCUUUGUACUAAUUCGAGAAGUUGUUGGAGUGUACCCUCUGGGACUGAAACUGAAGAAGCUGGAGGAGAUCCUGAAAGGAAAGCACAGCUUUGACCUGGAGAAAUUUAGGUCUAGCCAGGGUUACAAGGACGCACUAUCUUGCUUGCAGGAUAUUCCGGGGCUCCUCAUCCCCCAAUGCCAAAAAGUCGAGAAUUGUGUUAUCCAGCUUCAAUCAGAUGCCUUUGUACUAAUUCGAGAAGUUGUUGGAGCAUACCCUUUUGGACUGAAACUGAAGAAGCUGAAGGAGAUCCUGAAAGCAAAGCACGGCUUUGACCUGGAGAAAUUUAGGACUAGCCAGGGUUACAAGGACGCACUAUCCUGCUUGCAGGAUAUUCCGGGGUUCCUCAUCCCCCAAUGCCAAAAAGUCGAGAGUUGUGUUAUCCAGCUUCAAUCAGAUGCCUUUGUACUAAUUCGAGAAGUUGUUGGAGCAUACCCUUUUGGACUGAAACUGAAGAAGCUGAAGGAGAUCCUGAAAGGAAAGCACGGCUUUGACCUGGAGAAAUUUAGGACUAGCCAGGGUUACAAGGACGCACUAUCUUGCUUGCAGGAUAUUCCUGGGCUCCUUGUCCCCCAAUGUCAAAAAGCCAAGAAUUGUGUCAUCCAGCUUCAAUCAGAACCUUGCAAUCCUGCUGUUUCCCUGGAUACAGAUUUCUCUGUAUGCAACUCUGUACCACAGAAGAUGAGAGAAAAGAAAUCUGAAUCUCAGAUCCCUACUUCUUUGGACACCGCUGCGGCCUGGAGACUGCCGGGGAAGAAACCUGUCUUGGCUGCUGCCCUGGGAUGUAUUGUCAGCAUCCUUGGAGACUAUCCAGAGGGUCUUCAUUUACAAAAGCUGAUGGAGAACUUGAAGAAGCGUGGGUUUGACUGGGAGCGUUUCAGCCAAGAUAUGGGUUACGGUGGCGCAGUAGACUGCCUGCUUGAGAUGCCGGGGCUCCAUUUGACUUUUCGGAAUGGCAGGAUAUCCAGCGAUUGUGUGGUCCAGCUUCUUUCAAGUCAUCACAGCCUCCCAGCCUUGCCACUCAGUGCACGUUCUUUGGACAAACCCUUGUCUUCCGGUGCUGUGGGAACAAAACCAGCUUCCAGCAGCUCCACAGCACCACAAGCCAGCGCUUCUCUUUCCUGUGACUCAGCUCCACCUGCCAGGAAAUCUGAAACUGUAAAGCAAAAUGUGCCGGGAAAGAAACCUGCCGUUUCGGAAGUCUUGGCAGCACUCACCGACCUCCUAAAAACCUAUGCGACAGGACUGAGGGUUGAGAAAGUGCAGGAGUUUCUUCUGGCCUCGAAGGGACUCGAUCUGGCCAAGUUCAGCAUUGCCCAAGGCUAUAAGGAUACACUGGAAUUUUUGGAGCACAAAAUGCCUAAGCUAAAGAUCAAGUACAAAGCGAACAGACUCAAAUGUGUUGUUAUGCAAGGAAAUGGCAAAAAGAAGAGUCAAGACUCUCAAAAGGAAAUGAAAAAGGGCAAGGAGGAGAGUCCGUCGCUGCCUCACUCUGAUAUUCCAGCCCAGCAAUCAAGAGCAUGCCAGUUGGGUAGACAGUCUGAAGUCAGAGAGUUGCCUUGUCCUACCGAUUCCCAGCUGCUAAGCACAUCCAGCACAUCCCCUUGUUCUGAGCACCUGGAUGAACUAAAACAGCAGGUGGCCCACAUCCUUUCUAGGCACCCUGAGGGCAUGUCGCUGUUCCAGUUCCGUGCUGCCUACAGCGCCACCUAUCAGCAUCACCUGCCCCUGGGAAAUGCUUCCUCUGCAAAGCAGCGUCUGCUGGAAAUGUCAGACAUUGUUUGCAUGAAGGGCUGUGGCGUUCAAACGUUACUACUGCCUGUGUCUCCUGCAGAGCCACCUACAAAAUCUGGCCCACGUAUUUCUUCCAAGGUGGAGAAUGGUGCAAUACAUCCGGCUGACUCUUUGCCCAAAGCUUCGGUGAGUCCUGUACCUGCAGUGGUCCUCAAGCCUUCUGUCCUGGAGACUUGGAUGGAGCCUCCGCCCUGCUCCAUUCGCCCCCUGGCUUCAGAUCAACUUCGUACGCCUAAUGUUAAGGAGAACUGUAUUCUGCCUAAGGAGCAAUGCCAAACAGCACCAAAGAGGGCAGCUCUUUUACAGGAGUCGGUGAGGCCCAAAUCAAGCUCGGGAGGCCAUCUUGCUUCGUCGAAAGCAGAAGAACCUGCAGUGAACCUUGGCAAUUCUUUGCCCAGAACUGCAGUGAUUCCACCACAGGCUUACCCUUCCCAGACUGCAGCAGCUCCUGUGCCUCAGCUCCAUGCUUCUGUUCCCUCUACUUCUUCACCAGGUAACCAGGAGAGUUCCUUCCUCCCAGAAUCUCAUCUCCCAAAACCACCUAAACCAUUAGUUCUUGUGGAAAAGGAUGCAAGGGCCAGAGCCUUACCAGGAGAUAAUGUUUGGAGUCACCACUCCCCUGUAGUCUUCUCUGGAUGGGCCAGAGCCGUACCAGGAGAUAAUGUUCGGAGACACCACUCCCCUGUAGUCUUCUCUGCUGAGCCCCAAGUUGGAAAUGUGCAUGGGAAUUGUAUAUCAGGUGGCUUUGCCUCCAGGGACACACAUCUGGUUCAUCCUUCCUUUUCCGUCAACAUCCCAGUUCCUUCCCUCUUUCAGCCUGUCCUCACUAAUAUCAUAGCCAGGCCACAGCCGGUUGUGUAUUCUUCUCCCAUACAUCUUCCAAACACGCCGGCAAACCCCUCUCACAGAUUAGCGUCUGUGCAGUUGGUUUCUCGACCCCAGGUGCAGCCGGUGUCCCAGAACAGACCUGCUCGGAUGGCACCUCCUAGCCGCCAGCUGACAAGUCCCAGUCAAAGUGUAGAAUGGGCUCGCGCUGCCGACGGGCUCGAUCAAUUGCAGAGUGCUUCCAGAGCACAAAGCAGACUUGCUCGGGUGACGCCUUCCAGCCACCAGUUGACAAGUCCCAGUCAGACUGUAGAACGGACAACCUGUGCUCGAGCUGCCGAUGGGCUCGAUCAAUUGCAGAGUGCUUCCGGAACACAGGCCCAAAGCCAUAGCCCAGCUCCUGCUUUCUGUGCAGGCGGGCGUCCUGUUUCUUUGCCUUCUGUAAAGCCACCAGGCCUUCAGUCCCAGAAAUCCCCUUCUCUCCAGGAACUGGAAAACGUUCACCAUGCAUGGCCGAACACUAUGGCUUCCACCUUAGUUCCUGUAGCUGGUAAUGGCCAGCAGCCAGCCUGUUCAGCUAGGGCUAAAUCUGAUGCUCUGCCUUUGAAGCCUCUCGCCUCGACGCCUCAGUCACAUCACCUCCCUGUGAAUUCCGCCAGGACCUCUUCGGCCACACAGCCUGCCGCCUUGUCACUUUCCCCUUCAUGUUCUCCCUCCAGCGAAACAAACCAGCCUGCCUAUGAUUCUUUUAGGUCUGGUACAGGUAAUGAUGCUUCCUGUCAAAGCAUGACCUUUCCAGGAAUGUCCAGCCAAGGUGGAGAUGAGCACAGCCACAGUUUCACUUUGCCAAAUAACCAGAGGAACCACUUCAGGGAGGAACCAACACAGCCUUCUGCUCUGCAGAACAGCCCGGCCGCCAAAAGCUCUAAUAAUUGUGUCCUCCUCUAAAAUCAAGCAGUUGGGAGAUUGCACAAUUAUUUCUUUUUGUCUUUGAAAGGAUGGCAACUAAGAUACGCUGGAAUAAGAGCAUUGAAAACAGUAGUAUGUAACUAGAAGGUUUAUGUGGUUAUAAUGUAUGAUAUGUGUCUACGAAGAGAGUUCUCAGGUAUUUUAUAUUAAUUUUGUAUUACUUGUUUCGUGCUUGUCUUGUUUGUCCUAACUUUGUGUUAAAUGAAGUAGUUUUAAAAAGAAACAAAAGGACUCACAAUCCACAUAACUUUGUAUACCCUUUCAACCCUGAUCACCCAUGUGCGAGGGGUGUGUGUGGGUAUUGUGGUUUGUGUGUGGGUUUGGGAGAAGCAACAUCAGCCUCAGACACAUCCUAUGGGCAGUUUGCGAGUUCUUCUGUUACUGAGGCAUAAAACAGGAAGGUCCCAUGCUGAUAGGGAACAUCCAAGCUGCUGACAAAACAGAAACAGCCUCAAUUUUCCUGUAGGCUGGCAUGAUAUCUGUGCUAAAUGACAGUCAAAUAUUAAUUCUGCACCAAGAGAACUCAGUUUUGUGACCUAUGUCCAAAAGCUAAUCACAACAAAUUUUACCUCACCUAGCCAUCAAUGACAAGGGCCACUGAGAAGGAAAGCCCCCUUUGGCUCUGAAAAUCCUAUCCAGUCCUGCACCUCUAGGAUUUUACCAAGAGAAGAAGCUCUAUGCUCUUUUGACAGGUCUGUGUCCCUGGCAGCCAUGAGGGCUAGAAUCUUUUUUUCUUCUUCAUGCACAAUUGCAUGUUUUUUUAGAAUUUUUUAGAAAACAUAGUUUUGAUGAAAAAUCUAGUUCUUCCAGUGCCUUUGAUUAUUGAAUCUAAUUGGAGCCAUGGGGUAGUCAUGUCCAUUUAGUGCUUAUUGUGGGGAAGGAAGUGAUGUAAAUAAAAUUGCACAAAGGAUUUAUAUCCAUUGGUAUGCUUAGUGCAGUGAUUGUCCCAAAAAGAUGACCUCCACCCCUUUGUGUUUGUUUGUUUUUCCUUUGAGUACAUCCUUUUUGUUCUUGUGAUCAAUAAAGUCUAUUUUCUCAUGUCACUGAAAA